UAAUUGUUUUUAAAAUAAGAUAAGUAGUGAAUGCUCUACGUAAGUAAUGUGGGAGAGAGUCAAAAUAUUUCAUUUCUAUUUAAGUCAAACUAAUAUCAGCAUCUGCUGAGCUUUCUCUCACAAAGUUCAAUUAGUUCACAACUGGCAACUGUUGGUAAACGAACAUCUUCAAAUUUGUACAAAAUGCUAAGGGCACGCUUUCAAAGUUUAUCAACGCAAAGUAUUGGUUUCAUGUGCGCAUCUUAUCAGAAUCUUAUCAGCUCUCCCCAGGGGCGCCUUGUGCACACACAAAACAAUCAUGUUAGUAAGUCAAAAAAUGCUGUAUUUUACGCAGUUUUGGCACUCGGAGGCGCUAUUGGGGGCUUUGCUUUGUACGAACACAAAUCCAAAUUACUUAAUGUGAAAUUAAAUGAAAGCCAAAUUGAAGGGAAAUCAAAUACAAAAACCGAUGAAGAAAUCCCAAACUGGCAUAAAAAACCACGCUCCGAUUUGCCAACCUAUAAUAUGAGCGAAGUACAAAGCCAUUGUAAUAUUGAAAACCGCGUUUGGAUAACUUAUGGCAUCGGUGUUUAUGAUAUAACCGAAUUCAUCGAUAAACAUCCAGGUGGUGAAAAAAUUAUGUUAGGGGCAGGCAGUGCGAUUGACCCCUUUUGGGCUAUUUAUCAGCAACACAAUAACAAAGAGAUUUUAACGCUUUUAGAGCUUUACCGAAUUGGCAACUUAUCUCCUGAAGAUGAGAUUGACACAAACGAUAUGGGUUCGCCUUGGGCGAAUGAGCCCAAAAGGCAUCCUCUACUUAAAGCUGCAUCAGUUAGACCAUUUAACGCUGAGCCACCGAUGGACCUCCUAGUGGCACAUUUUUUUACCCCAAAUGACUUUUUCUACGUAAGAAAUCAUUUGCCAGUUCCUUAUAUCAGCACCAAACAUUACGAGCUUGAAAUAGCUAUUAAAACGACCAAGUCAGGCACCAAGGAACAAAUAAAAACAUUAACUCUAGAUGAUAUUAAAAAAAUGCCAAAGCACACAGUCACUGCCGCAGUAAUGUGCGGUGGUAACCGACGUUCUGAAAUGACGAAGGUAAAAGCUGUUAAAGGUCUUUCCUGGAAGGCAGGUGCAGUGGGUAACGCAACUUGGUCCGGAGCCCGCUUGCGAGAUGUUCUACUUGCAAUGGGUGUUCAACCAAAUGAAAAUUUACAUGUGAUAUUAGAAGGCGCCGAUCUCGAUCCAACUUCCCAUCCUUAUGGUGCAUCUAUUCCUCUAUCAAAAGCAAUGGAUGAACGAGGCGAUGUCAUACUUGCAUAUGAGAUGAAUGGAGAACCCUUAAGCCGGGACCAUGGAUAUCCAUUACGAUGCAUUGUUCCCGGCACUGUAGGUGCCCGUAAUGUCAAAUGGUUGACUCGUAUUGCAGUUUCUGAGAGCGAGUCUAGUUCACAUUGGCAGCAAAAUGAUUAUAAAGGAUUCAGCCCAAGUGUAGAUUGGGAUUGUGUCGAUUUUUCCAAAUCACCCGCGAUUCAAGCAAUGCCUGUCACAUCAGCAAUAUGCGUACCAGCAGAGGGCGAGACAAUAAAAAUUCCAGUUGAUGGUUAUCUAACAGUACAAGGAUAUGCGUGGUCAGGUGGUGGGCGUCGCAUUGUACGCGUUGAUUUGAGUAUAGAUCAGGGGAAAACAUGGCAUGUCGCAGAUUUGCAACAGGAGGAUCAACCAGACGGUCGCCAUUAUGGAUGGUCAUUAUGGACUGGACGAAUUCAAAUCGAUAAGGCAGCACCACAUGAAAUAGAAAUUUGGGCCAAGGCUGUUGAUUCAGCAUAUAAUGUUCAACCAGAAACAUUUUCAAACAUCUGGAAUUUGCGAGGGGUGUUAUCAAACGCUUACCCUCGUAUAAAGGUUAAAAUUAUUUAAUUUAAUUUAAAUAAA